UGCGCAAACAGCUCUUCAGUCUGACAGCCGAUCCAGUGCAGCAUUCCCGUCUCCAAACGCACAGGAGCGCCGCUUUUUUCCAUCGCGCUGCCCCAUCCACACAUUUACACCGGUGGGAACACGCUGCUUAAACAAAACAAGCCCUCCAACAUGUCUGUGGGAAAUGACUUUGGAAACCCUUUAAGGAAAUUCAAACUCGUCUUUCUUGGAGAGCAAAGCGUGGGGAAGACUUCCCUGAUCACACGCUUCAUGUAUGACAGCUUUGACAACACAUAUCAGGCUACAAUUGGAAUCGACUUCCUGUCAAAAACCAUGUAUUUGGAGGACAGAACGGUUCGAUUGCAGUUGUGGGACACGGCAGGCCAGGAACGUUUCAGGAGCCUCAUCCCAAGCUAUAUAAGAGACUCCACUGUAGCUGUGGUGGUGUAUGACAUCACAAAUGUGAAUUCGUUUCAACAAACUUCCAAAUGGAUCGAUGACGUGAGAACGGAGCGAGGAAGUGAUGUCAUCAUCAUGCUGGUGGGCAAUAAAACAGAUCUGGCAGAUAAGAGGCAGAUCACGAUUGAGGAGGGAGAGCAGAGGGCCAAAGAGCUGAGUGUGAUGUUUAUCGAGACCAGCGCCAAGACGGGUUACAACGUCAAGCAGCUGUUUCGACGUGUGGCAGCUGCCCUUCCAGGAAUGGAGAGCAUGCAGGAGACAAGCAAAGAAGGCAUGAUCGACAUUAAAUUGGACAAACCACAGGAGCCUCCAACCACUGAAGGCGGAUGUUCCUGUUAAUAACUCACAUUUGAACAGUGUCAUCUACACACCACGUGCUUGUUGUGUUGCUUCCUCUUGGUUUGCUUACAGUUGUGUUUUCAAAUUGGAUAUUUGGCCUUCCCAUCUGACUUUCAGUAGAACUGGGUGGAAUCAGUGUUACAUCGCUUGCAAAUGUAAAAUAGUAUACUUUAGUAACAAAAUUGCCAAAAAUCCUAAAAAUUCGAAAAGUAAAGGGCAAAAAUCCACAAAAAUGUCCAACGUGUAUACUUUUUGAAAAUGUAGAAGGUAGAUUCUUUUCUUUUGUUUUGUAUUUUUGUAUACGAGGAUGAACUCUAAAGCGAUUCUGACAAGAAAAUCCUAGCCAUGAAAGCAGGAUUCGUUUAAAAGCAAGAGAGCAGUUCAAACUACAAAUGACCCAUAAAAUACGGCAAACUUGCAUGUUAGCCAUGUUUUUAAAGUAUCAUCUCAAUCCUGCUAGCUACUGUGCACAAGAUUAUGUGAAUGCGGACUUUUUGUGACUCAAGGCACUUAAUUUAAUCAAUUAAUUUUGUUGCUUUUGUUUGUAAUUUUACCUUUCAGUUUUAUGUGAGUUAAUGUAGAUAAUGUGUCAUCCCAGAUCUGCCAUAAUCGCUUUUUCAAGAUCUUUUAUGCACAGUUCAUGUUUUAAUUGCACAGCUUAUUGAAUGUUUACAGCACUUUUUUUUAUCGUUUUUCUUUAUCGCGCUGAAGGAAAACAGCUUAAUAGCAAGGAAGGACGCUCUUUAUUUUGAGGAAUGCUUUUUUUUAUUCUGUAACUCAAUUAUUAGGACAUUUCUAACAUAUUGAAGAGUGUCACAAGACUUUAAAGUCUGCACGAAUUAGAAGUUACUGCAGAUUUUAUUCCAGCAGGAUGACCAUUCUUAACUGAAACUGAAUAUUGAGUAGGGGGCAGGGUUUUAUUUUUGAGCUCCUUCUCUUAUCUUUCACUAGCAGCAAACUAACGGUUUUAGGGGCGUGUCUAAGCAUAUUUUGCCCAAGCUGUCAAUAUGACAUCCUCAAAGAAGGACUGCCAUUCCAGAGCAGAAGUAAAUGGUUAGAUUUUGAUGAAAUGUUUACCAAAACAAACCUGUUUUUUCAUUAACUUGCAUGGAUUAAUUGUUAACCUUAAAACUAACAAUGUGCGCUAGCAAAAUAAACAUUGUAAAUGUUGAUUUCACUUAGACUUUAAGGUUGACAGAGGAGCAAAUCAUGCACAUUUAAACCUGCUUCAUUCCUAAUUAAUUGAUUGGAAUAAUUCAUUUGCACGGCAGCAGUUUCCACACUGAUUCAUCCAACGGUCCAAUUCUGUUGUAAAUACAUCAGCUGUCGUUUUCGAACAGGCUUUAUUACCAGAAAUACAAAGAUGGGACAUUCCUCCUCCUCAAAACAAACUAUAGUUCACUUUUAAGAGUUAGCGUUAUGCAGCAUUAUAGUGUUUGCCUUGUGUAAGGAAACCCCCUCAUGUCUACAGCUGCUCGUUGGGGCCGGUAAGCUGUAGUGCACUGACCAGGGGGACACACAUUGUGUAGUAUAUCAGUUUAAUUCAAAUGUAUUUCAUGUGAAUCUUUAAUGCACUUUUUCAAGAAAGAAAGUUGUAAAUGUUUCAAAAUUGCUGUCAAAUGUCUGUCCUUGAAACCACUUUAGAGUUCAACUGUAGCUAACAUCUCCGUGAGGGUCACUGUACAGAUAAACUCUUUGUAAAGUUGCUUCACACGUAAUGCCAGAAACAAGUCAGAACUUGCUAUUUGUGACGUAGAUGAAUGAACACACACAACGUAAGAACCAAAAUGAUGAAACGGCGAUUUCUAAGUAUUUAGCAUUUAGCCGGAAUGCAGUGAACCACACUGAUGGAACAUUCGGAAGCUCAAAAGGGAAAAUCUGAUUCGUCUGUGCCGAUCAAUUCUCAGAAACACUGGAAGAUGUCACUUAUCGCAAGCUGGAUAUUUAUUGAUGACUAAUGAGUUUUGUUUACAUUUGGUUUUCUUCACUUGCUCUCUUCUGAAUAGUCAUUUUGAUUUUAAAAGGGUGCAAUGGACUCGUAUCAUUAGUGUACCUGUAAUACCGGUAGUCAUUGUGAUGGACAUCAGCCUCGGGUGAAUGUCUGUGCGUGAGUUGAGUUCUGCUUUUAAAGGGUGCAACUUUUCCCUGUGUAUAUGUUUUAGCUCAGUGGAGCCAGCCUGAUUGAUUCAGAGCUUGCUUUACCAUUCACACUGUAUAGAAAUCUAGCAUGUCGGUCCAAAUCAGUAAAAUCAAUAAAAGUGUCUUAUUACCAAGAAA